AUGGGGGAACAACUUCGACGUAUUACCAAUGCAGAAAUUCAUCAUCGCUACCUGGGAAAGAAGAUUCAUAACAAAGUUAUUACUGUAGUAGCUGAUGCUGUUGUGAAUACUAUCCUUCAAGACAUCAAGAAUGCUGUGAUAUUGGAUUGUACUCCAGACAUAAGUCACAACGAGCAGAUGUUAUCGAGUCUCCCUAUUCACUUUGCCCAGGGUCACCCUAUUCACUUUGCUAAGGGUCUCCCUAUUCACUUCACUAAGGGUCUCCCUAUUCACUUUGCUAAGGGUCUCCCUAUUCACUUCACUAAGGGUCUCCCUAUUCACUUUGCUAAGGGUCGCCCAUUUCACUUUGCUAAGGGUCUCCCUAUUCACUUCACUAAGGGUCUCCCUAUUCACUUCACUAAGGGUCUCCCUAUUCACUUUGCUAAGGGUCUCCCUAUUCACUUCACUAAGGGUCUCCCUAUUCACUUCACUAAGGGUCUCCCUAUUCACUUCGCUAAGGGUCUCCCUAUUCACUUCGCUAAGGGUCUCCCUAUUCACUUCACUAAGGGUCUCCCUAUUCACUUUGCUAAGGGUAUCCCUAUUCACUUUGCCCAAGGUAUCCCUAAGCACUUCACUAAGGGUCUCCCUAUUUACUUCACUAAGGGUCUACCUAUUCACUUUGCUAGGGGUCUCCCUAUUCACUUCACCCAGUGCCUUCCUAUUCACUUCGCCAAGUGCCUCCCUAUUCACUUCACCCAGUGCCUUCCUAUUCACUUCGCCAAGUGCCUCCCUAUUCACUUCACCCAGUGCCUCUCUAUUCACUUCUCCAAGUGUCUCCCUAUUCACUUCGCCAAGUGCCUUCCUAUUCACUUCGCCAAGUGCCUUCCUAUUCACUUCGCCCAGGGUAUCCCUAUUCACUUCGCCCAGUGCCUCCCUAUUCACUUCGCCCAGUGUAUCCCUAUUCACUUCGCCAUGUGCUUCCAUAUACCGGCCCUGGCUACAUAA